UGUAUAUAUAAAAGCAUGGAAACCAUGUGGUUGAGACAAGCGAGGAGUCUACUUCUAGUUCCACUGUUCAAAUGUCUAGUGGCUAUAUGUUUGGUCAUCUCUUUGUUAGUUUUCGUGGAAAGUGUGUAUAUGAACAUUGUAGUUAUUUACGUCAAGCUGUUUAAACGCAAACCCGAAAAGAUCUACAAAUGGGAGGCAAUGCAGGAGGACAUAGAGGUCGGAAACCAAAACUAUCCGAUGGUUCUUGUCCAAAUCCCAAUGUACAAUGAACGAGAGGUUUUUCAGCUAUCCAUAGGUGCUGCUUGCAGACUCAUAUGGCCAUUGGAUAGAGUUAUCAUUCAAGUUUUAGAUGAUUCAACUGAUCCCACCAUCAUGGAAAUGGUGAGCAUGGAAUGUGCAAAGUGGGCAAGCAAGGGUAUAAACAUAAAAUGUGAGAGGAGAGACAAUAGAAAUGGCUACAAAGCUGGAGCUCUUAAACAAGGCAUGAGGCAUAGCUAUGUCAAACAAUGCAACUACAUUGCCAUCUUCGACGCUGAUUUCCAGCCAGAGCCUGAUUACCUCCACCGCACUGUCCCGUUUCUCAUCCACAAUCCUGAGCUCGCUCUUGUUCAAGCUCGAUGGAAAUUUGUGAACGCAAACAAGUGCUUGAUGACUAGGAUGCAGGAGAUGUCACUAAAUUACCAUUUUAUGGCAGAGCAAGAAUCCGGAUCCACUAGACAUGCCUUCUUUGGCUUUAAUGGGACAGCCGGUGUGUGGAGAUUGGCGGGGAUGGAAGAAGCUGGAGGUUGGAAAGACCGGACCACCGUGGAGGAUAUGGACUUGGCCGUUCGUGUUGGUUUACACGGCUGGAAAUUUGUCUUCGUCAAUGACAUCGAGGUGAAAAGUGAGCUUCCAAGCCAGUUCAAGGCUUUUAGAUUCCAGCAACAUCGAUGGUCAUGCGGUCCAGCUAAUCUCUUCAGGAAAAUGACUAUGGAAAUUAUUCACAAUAAGAGAGUGGUGAUUUGGAAGAAACUGUAUGUGAUAUACAGCUUCUUCUUUCUACGGAAAAUCUUAGUUCAUUUCUUCACUUUCUUCUUCUAUUGCAUCGUUCUUCCUACGAGCGUAUUCUUUUACGAAGUCAACAUUCCCACUUGGUCAACUAUCUACGUUCCUUUUGUGAUCACUUUCUUUACUGCCAUUGCCACGCCAAGAUCCUUCUAUCUCGUGUUUUUCUGGGUCUUGUUCGAGAAUGUAAUGGCUAUGCAUCGGACCAAAGGAACUUUCAUCGGCUUACUUGAAGGAGGAAGAGUAAAUGAAUGGGUCGUCACCGAAAAACUAGGAGAUGCUCUUGAAACUAAGUUACUUCCUCAAGUGAAAAAACCUCGCAAUGGGAUUCUGCAAAGAUUAAACCUAAAAGAGAUGAUGGUGGGGAUAUACAUACUGUGUUGUGCAUGCUACGACUUUGCCUUCGGGAGUACAUUGUUAUACAUUUAUCUAUUCAUGCAGGCUCUUGCAUUUAUUAUAUGUGGAGUUGGUUUUGUCGGAACUUAAAAUGUCCUAUGUAGGCAUCUUCUUCUCAUCAAGCAAAAUAUAAUAUAUAAUUAGUAUAAUUAACCGUUAUGACUCCAACUAAGCAAUACAUUGGAAGUUGCUAAGAGUACAAUCCUAUUUUUCCAGAUUUUAGAAUUAGUUUAGUUUUUGGUAUAGAAUUCAAUAAUAUAUUCAUUUUAAUUGUUUUUUUAAAGCGUA